UAAAAUUGGUCAUCCUGCGCAGCAGUGAUAACUAAUGAAGCCAGGCACGGACAUCUUUAGUAAGGGCGAUCCUUAGCGACGUGACAACGUUUUGACGCCAGCCUAUUGGCUGUUCCAGUAAGCAUGCGCAUUCCAGAUUGGCCAAUCGCCUUGCGACUCCCACCCCACCCUCCGCCAUCUUAACAUUGGGCACUCCCGACAGUAGCAGGAUGUAGCGAAGGCUCUAGCGACCUUCUUGGUUGAGGGCAGAAUCGAGGGUGGCGUUGCUUAUACUGCCCCCGGCAUUAUCCUGGCUGGACCCACGUGGAAGCCGCGCUCAGGAUGCUGCGUCGUGAGGCCCGCCUUCGCCGCGAGUACCUGUACCGCAAGGCCCGCGAGGAGUCGCAGCGAGCCGCCCAGGAGAAGAAGGAGAAGGUUCGGCGCGCCCUGGAAGAGAACCUCCUGAUUCCCGCUGAGUUACGCAGGGAGGCUCUGGCCUUGCAGGGUUCCCUGGAGUUUGAUGAUGCCGGCGGUGAAGGUGUGACCAACCACAUGGAUGAUGAAUAUCGAUGGGCAGGGGUUGAGGAUCCUAAGGUCAUGAUCACUACCUCCAGAGACCCCAGUUCCCGCCUCAAGAUGUUUGCGAAGGAGCUGAAGUUGGUGUUCCCAGGCGCCCAACGCAUGAACCGUGGCCGGCAUGAGGUAGGGGCACUGGUGCGAGCCUGCAAAGCCAAUGGUGUCACUGACCUGCUGGUUGUCCAUGAGCAUCGAGGCACACCUGUGGGGCUCAUUGUCAGCCACCUGCCCUUCGGCCCCACUGCUUACUUCACACUGUGCAAUGUGGUCAUGCGGCAUGACAUCCCUGACCUGGGCACUGUGUCCGAGGCCAAACCUCACCUCAUCAUGCAUGGCUUCUCCUCCCGACUAGGCAAGCGGGUGAGUGUGGGUCCACAGGUUGAGGGCUGGGGGCAGGGAGUUCCAGGCUGGGCAUCUGCCGCUCUCCUUCCUCUGACGCAGGUCUCUGACAUACUCCGUUACCUGUUCCCUGUGCCCAAAGAUGACAGCCACCGGGUCAUCACUUUCGCGAACCAAGAUGACUAUAUCUCCUUCCGGCACCAUGUAUAUAAGAAGACCAACCACCGCAGUGUGGAGCUGACGGAGGUUGGACCUCGCUUUGAACUGAAGUUGUACAUGAUCCGCCUGGGCACGCUGGAACAGGAGGCCACAGCCGAUGUGGAGUGGCGCUGGCACCCAUACACCAACACCGCACGCAAGAGGGUCUUUCUGAGUGCUGAGUGAACCCACUCGUCAGGACGUGGACAUGGACCCAGGACUUGGGGAGGGGUCAGAAUAAAGUCUAUGUGCCACACCA